AUGAACCGCUACGUGGUGCUGCAGCAGCUCGGCGAUGGCACGUACGGCUCUGUCGCACUGGCGCAGCGCCGGGACACCGGAGAGAAAGUUGCUAUCAAGAGGAUGAAGCGAAAAUACUAUUCGUGGGAUGAGGCAAUGAAUCUUCGUGAAGUAAAAUCACUCAAGAAACUUAACCACGCUAACAUCGUUAAGUUACGCGAGGUCAUUAGAGAAAACGACACCUUAUACUUUGUGUUUGAGUAUAUGCGCGGUAAUCUGUAUCAGUUAAUACGAGACGCAGAGCGACCGUUUCCGGAACCAGUUUUGCGUAACAUUCUAUAUCAAGUGCUUCAAGGCCUCGCUCACAUGCAUCGGCACGGUUUCUUUCACCGUGAUUUGAAACCUGAGAACUUGCUGUGUGCCGGACCCGAGCUGGUAAAGAUAGCGGAUUUGGGACUCGCUCGCGAAGUGCGUUCGCGACCGCCGUACACGGAUUACGUAUCGACGAGAUGGUAUCGGGCCCCCGAAGUCUUACUGCACGACACACACUACGGCGCUCCGAUCGACCUCUGGGCCGUCGGCUGUAUAAUGGCGGAAUUGUAUACGUGUCGUCCUCUGUUUCCCGGAAAUUCAGAAAUCGACCAACUGUACAAGAUCACCGCGGUGCUGGGCACGCCGUCGCGCGAGGAGUGGCCCGACGGGUACGCGCUGGCGGACGCGCUGCGCUUCCGGUUCCCGGCGAGCGGCGGCGUGCCGCUGGCGCGCGUGCUGCCGGCCGCGUCGCCGCCCGCCGUGGCGCUGCUGGCCGCGCUGCUGCGCUACCCGCCGCGCGAGCGCCCCUCCGCGCCGCAGGCGCUCAGAUUCCCAUAUUUUGCCGUCGGAGCUACGCUCGUUCUACCACCUCCGGCUUCGAGGGCGAGACGAAGCGGAAUUCGGACUGACAUAGAAAACACAGUUCCUCAAGCGAUCACUUCAGCCGUGCAGCCGAAGAUCCCUACGCCUGUUCGAGAUCGAUUCGCCGAUAUAUUAGGUGGCGAAGUGGUGCACUCGGCGCGGCGCUCGCGGGCGGGCGGGGGUGGGGUCACGGGGGGCGGCGCGGGGGGCGCGGGCGGGCGCAGCGUGCUGGCGGCGCUGCAGGCCGCGCCCGAGGCGCCGCGCGCCGGGCCGGGCGCCGCGGCCGCCUACCUCGGCGCCUCGCGCUACGUGGCCGGCGCCAGGAUCGACACCGCGCUGUUCCACCCGCUGGCGCUGCGCUCGCAUCGAGAGACGGCGGCGGUCGGCAGCGGCGCCGCGCGCGUGGACUGGGCGGCCAAGUAUUUGCGGUAGGGACGGUCUGUGCGAUGUAAAUAGCGAGUCUUAGGCAAAAAAAUAGUGUGUACAAAAUAACUAGAAACAAAGAUAUUAAAUAAACUGUUGUUUAACAAAAUACAAA